UUGAUUUGCAAAUUGCAUUUUUUUUCUCAACUGUUCCAGUCUAAAUAAUUAAUUAUCUACCCAAUAAUGGAGAACGCCAUUGCCGUUUCAUUGUUCAAGGAAGGAAAUUCCCCGUCUCGAAAUGUAGAAUCUCAAGAGACGAAGUGCAUGGCUGCAUUUUUGGCCACAGAAGAAGGUAGUGCGAUUCUUUAUGAAGCUGUCAAGAAAUUCAUGUCGACUUCAGAUGGUAUAAUGAUAGUAGAAAACGCUAUCGUGGCAGCAGUUGGAAGACGUGACUGGAAGAAUAACAAUCGCAGUGUUCUCGAAAGUCGUCGUCGUCGAUCCAAAUGAAGUAACUCAUGCUAAAGUUUGCAAAGCUAUGGGUUCUCUCUAAACCUGACUCCUGAGGAUUCUUAUUGGAGAAAUGAUUUCCUUAAAAAAUAAUUGAUUUUAAUUCUUUUAAUAGUAUUUAUGUCUCUUCAAAAAAAAAAUAUUUUAUAAUGAAUUUUAUACAUGUAUUGACCAAAAUAAAAUUUCGUCAUAAGAAAUAAAAAACGUGAAGUAAACCUAA